AUGGCGGCAGUGCGGUUACGCCGGGUCUUUCGAUAUCCAGAAGACUCGGACCAUGAGAAUGACCAUGAGGAGCUUGACGAGCAGGAGCAGGAGAGGGUGAUUGAGCAGUUGCAGCGACAGAAUGACACCCGUAAUGCUUACUACAAGCUCAUAUUCACCGUGAUCCCAUUAGUCUUGAUGACCACCUUUCUCCCAUCACUACUAUGGACCUCGAGUUUCUCUGAACGUUUUUGUUCUCUAGCGGGCAUCUCAUCCUUGCUAGCCUCAGCCUACGUCAUGCAAUACUUCCCUCUCCAUGCAGACCGCAAGGGUAAAAAACCCAUGAUAAUGGAAAACGAACAUCUGGCUUUGAUCCAUGCGGCCCUGGUGCCUAUGAACGGAGUGGUGUGCGGGUUACUGGCGCUAUCUGUGUUCUUGGGGGCCUGGCCUUCUGGCUCCUGGCCGGCACUCUAUCUCAUCCCUGGUGCUAUGCUUGGAGCUACUCUACUCGCUCGGCAGUCAAUACUUUCGGUCGACAUUUCCGCACUCAAAGACCUGCAAUAUGAGUACAAAGGCGCCUAG